CUGGCGUUCCCGAAGAAGCAAUGUCCCAGGACAGGCCAGGACGAAGAGCUGGGCCUAGAAAAGAAGAGGGCGGUCCCGGCGGGUCGCGCGUGGAAAAAACAGACCCCGCACCUCCGGGGACGCGUUGCGCGCGGGGGGGUGCUCCGCAAAAACACGUGGAGAAUUCCACGGGGGUGCCCCGGAGGGCAGAAUGACGACGUCCUACCGCACGAGAGGUGGCCCACGAGGUACGGGGUAUUUUUUGCCACGCCAGCGGCGAAGCGUUCGACGUGGCCCGCGAGGUGUGUGGUAUGGCUCUCUGCAGAUGGGUAUAUGUUCACCAUCUGUCUCGGCAAGCUGCCGGGACGCAGAGUGCCAGGCGGGCGGCGUCGCCGGCUGAAUCUGUGGAAGAGAAGGCGGAGAAGACAGAGGAAGAGGAAGAAGGAGAGAGAGGGAGCGCCUGGAUGAAGUGCGUGUCCUUCUGGGCGCAGGCGUCGUGCACGAGCAGCGAGGUGCAGGCUGCCUUGUUCUGCUCCCCCUCCUCGUCGAAGGCGUGGUCCCCCCUCCUCCUUUGCUCAGAGGGGUGGGGGGUGUUCCGGUUAGAUGGUGCUCGGAGGCGGUCCGCGCAACUGCAUGCCCCGAAGGACCUCCAGCGCUAGCCGCCACUGGCGGCUCCUCCCCUGCGCGCUGAUGAGCGCGGUGCACUCGCGCAGGCCCCGCUCGGCACGGCGCGGCAGCAUCCAGCGGAGCUCCACGAAGGGGCUGCGGCAUGUCCUCCCGCAUGCCUCGGGCUUGCCGAAGGUCCUGGUCGGUGAGCAGCGACGCGUGGCCCGUCAGCAGCCAGGCAUCCACCUCGAG